GCGCACAGUGCUGUCGUCAAGCGUCAGUAACCAGUAAACCAGUUAGAAGCGGCUCCGAUUGCGUUGUUUAACAAGAAACAGAGUUACAAGAUCACAAAAUGGCCGGUUUCCCGUACGGCGCUGCCCGCGGCCUGGGUGGCGUGCAGAUCUUCCUGGGACUCGCUGCCAUGGGGCUGGGGGGCGGCGAUCUGGCCAUGGGCAUUUCUUCCACCUGGCUCUUCGGUCACCGUUUCCGUCUCUACAUGCUAGCUACCGGCACUUGGACAGGUUUAUUUUUCCUGAUAGCAGGCAGUCUGGCGGCUUCCAUCAGUGAGGGGAGAACUGUUGGUUGUAAGAUUGGCGCUACCCAAACCAUGGCCCUGCUCAACACUUUCAUCUUCGCACCUGGACUGGCUUCUGUUUCAGCGAUAAGCGCUAUGCAGAACUACUGGGACUGGUUCUAUGGCAUUUACGACCCUUACUACCAUUACUACUAUUAUCCCUAUGCGAGCCAUAUGAUGUUCUACCUGGAGUGCACCCUUGCCGCUAUCGGGGGCUUGCAGUUCAUCCUCUCCGUAGCAACGGCUUCUGUGUGCUGCUGUGGCGGUUCGUACGACCAGCCUGCUGCCAAUCAGGUGGUCCCCAUGCCAAUGGUGGCGUUCCCCACCCCCAUACAGCAGCCCGCUGUACCUGCUCCCAUGUCCAGGCCGUCCCAUGGCUUUGCCCAAAUGCCCCGCACCUCCGUGCCGGCGGGCGGGACCUCAGGGAACGACGGGCAGAUGGUGACCCUCCCCGCCGCCGAACUCGGCAUGCUGUACGCUAAGGCCAACAACAGUGCCGUGGAGGACUCUGCCCGCGGUCUGGGCGGCAUGCAGAUCUUCCUGGGACUCGCAGCUAUGGGGCUGGGCGCCGGCGAUCUGGACAUAGGCCUUUCAACCAUGAGGUACCACGGUCCCGGUUUCCGUCUCUACAUGCUGGGUGCCGGCAUCUGGACAGGCUUAUUUUUCCUGAUAGCAGGCAGCCUGGCAGCUUCCAUCAGUGAGGGGAGAACUGCUGGUUGUAAGAUCGGCGCCGCCCAAACCAUGGCCCUCCUCAACACCUUCAUCUUCGCACCUGGACUGACUGGCGUCGCAACAGUCAACUUUAUCAUGGGAUCCACUGAAUGGAAUUACUCCAUGUCCCACGUGUACGAGAACACGAUCAUAUACGUCGACGUGAGUUCCCUGUUCCGUCUGAUGACUUACCUGGAUGUCUCCCUUGCCGUUGUUGGAGGCUUGGAGUUCAUCUUCUCCAUUGCAACGGCUUCUGUGUGCUGCUGUGGCGGUUCGUACGACCAGCCAGCUGCCAAUCAGAUUGUCCCUAUGCCCAUGAUGACUUUCCAACCUACCAUGCAGCAGCCUGCACCCAGGCCAUCUUACGGCUUUGCUGAAAGGCCCAGCGCCUCCGUGCCACCGGGCGUUGCCACAGGAGGCGACGGGCAGAUGGUGACCCUCCCCGCCGCCGAACUCGGCAUGCUGUACGCUAAAGCCAACAACAGCGCCGCGGAGGACAUACGUGUAUCAGGCCUAUCGGAUAUGGCAGCGUUCCCGUACCGUGCCGUUCGCGGCCUGGGCGCCAUGCAGGUUUUUCUGUCGGUCGUUGCCGUCUGUCUCGGGAUCGGAGACUUGGUCGUGGGCUUGGCUUCCAUUUGGCGGACUGGUCCAGGCUUCAGGGUCUUCCAAAUGGGUACCGGCAUCUGGACAGGCCUAUCGAUCGGCGCCAUUCUAACCAUGUCUCUGCUCAACACCAUCGUCUUCGCACCUGGACUGAUUGGUAUUUCGAUUGCUAGUUUUGUCCAGAGCUCGUAUGACCUUGCCUCAUCGAGCGGCUAUGGCGGUUUUGCUGUCACGUUCGCCCAGGAGAUCACCCUGACAGUUGUCGGGUGUCUGGAGCUCAUUCUGUCCAUAGUGACGGUCACGGUGUGCUUCAGGAGUGAUCCGUACGAUCAGAAAGUUGUCAAUCAGGUGGUGCCGAUGUCCACGGAGCUCGACGUAUCUGCACAACGCCCGUCAUAUGGGUAUGUCGAAAGACCUGGAACAUCCCUCGACACGGACAAACCCAGCACCUCUGUGCUGCCGAGCUUGUCCAAAAGAUCCAGCGGGAAACUUGUGACAAACCCCGUCCCCGAGAUCGGCGUCCGGCAGGCUAGAACAGCGUCCCCCGUCUCUGAGGAGGAGGACUAGGGAUGGAUGUUAUCCAAAACAAUACGUCUGUCUACAUGUGUAGAAGUUGACUUGGUUUUCAUUAUAUUUAACACCUCCAUGUGUUUAGUUUCUGUACAUUAAUUUGAAUUUGAUUUGUAAAUGAAAGCAAUAAAGAGAAAAAACAAUACUAAGUCAGACACAGUCUUGGAUAGUCCACAUGUUUCCAAAACUGUUCUCGGGGACAAAUCUACGUUGUUGGAUACGGAGGCUAUCCA